AUGUCUUUCCCAGUCUCUUUAGAAUACCGGAACCCUCAUAUGGCGGAACCUGUUAUAGACAAAAUUAAGAAAUGUUGCUUUUAUCUGAGAACUUCUUCUUCUUCUUCUUCUUCUUCUUCUUCUUCUUCUUCUUCUUCUUCUUCUUCUAUGUGGCCUCCUGUUAGUCAGUCUUUCUUUCUUUCUUUCUUUCUUUCUUUCUUUUCUACUUCCGUUUUCCUUCUUUUCCUCUCUUUCACGCACCCCAAAUAUUCAUUUAUCCCAUUUUUCAUCCCUUCCUUUACGUCUUGUCAACAAAUCAAACACAGACGCAUUUCCAUUCUUAAUUUUUCUUCCUUCCUUCCUUCUUUUCUUCCUUCUUUUCUUCCUUCCUUCAUUCCUUCCUUCCUUCUUUUCUUCCAUCUUUUCUUCCUUCUUUCCUUCUUUCCUUCCUUCCUUCCUUCCUUCUUUUCUUCCCUCUUUUCUUCCUUCUUUCCUUCUUUCCUUUCUUUCUUCCUUCCUUCUUUUCUGCCUUCCCCCUUUUCUUUCUUCCUUCCUUCUUUUCUGCCUUCCCCCUUUUCUUUCUUCCUUCCUUCUUUCCUUCCUGCCUUCUUUUCUUCAUUCCUUCUUUUCUUCCUUCUUUUCUUCCUUCUUUUCUUCCUUCUUUUCUUCCUUCCUUCCUUCUUUUCUUCCUUCUUCCUUUUCUUCCAUCUUUCCUUCUUUUUUUCUUCCUUCCUUCCUUCUUUUCUUCCUUCUUUUCUCCCUUCCUUCUUUUUUCUUUCCUUCUUUUCAUCCUUCCUUCCUUCUUUUCAUCCUUCCUUCCUUCCUUCCUCUUUUCUUCCUUCAUUCUUUUCUUUGAUGUUUUCCUUUCUUCUUUCUUUUCAUUUCUUCUUACUUUCCCUCCUUCUUUCCUUCCUUCCUUCGUUUCUUUUUUAUUUCAUUUCUUCCUUUUCCUUCUUUUUGCCUUCCUUAUUUUCUUUUCUUUCUUCCUUCUCUUCUUUCUUGCUUCUUUCCUCCCUUAUUUCUUUUCUUCUUUCUUUCCCUCCUUCUCUUCGUCUCUCCUUAUUUCUUUCUUUUCUUUUCCACUUUUCUUCCUUCCGCCUUUCCAUUCCUACCUUAUUUUCUUCUUUCCUUCCUUCAUUCUUUUCUUCUUCUUCACUGUCUAUUCAUGUCCUUUCUUUCUAUCCUAUUCAUUUUUUCUGCGUUAAAUUCUUAUUUCCUGCUCUCCUUCUCUUAGCCAUAAUCCUCAACCGCAUUUUCUUUCAUCUUUUUAAUUAUCUUCUUUUUUUCAACGUGUAUAUAUUAUUUUUUUCUUUCAUCAAUUACACGCCAUAA